UAGCUCAAAGGGUUAUUAUUCAUUAUAUGCUGGAGCUCAUUGCAUGCCCUUUCACUCAAUUGUGCUAUCACCAUUGAAUCUUCUGAGGAAGGGGAGGAGGCAGAAUAACUCAUGAAAACUACGCAAGGGCCUCGAGUUUAUUCGGGGGUCGAUCCACGUUACGAAUGGUCUCGAGGGAAAGAGUUCGACACGCUGGUUGUUGAUGUCGCAGGAUUCAAGAAGGAUGAGUUGAAGGUGAAAGUUGACAACUCCAGAAACCUCAGGAUCAGCGGAGAGCGUGCAGUGGAGGGGAACAGAUGGUGCCACUUCCUCGAGAGUUUCCGACUCCCCGAGGAUUGCGAUCUCAACGUGAUCCGCGCAAAAUUCCAUCAGGAUGUCCUCUAUGUGAUAGUGCCAAGGCCAAUCAAUCGAGAUCAAAACGCGCCUUCUGAUCACAACAACAAUAUCUACCGUAAAAAUGACGAACAAUUACAAACUGAGGAGAUAAAAGAUGACUCGAUUAAACAGGAUCAUAUGAUCACUAACAUGAGGAGACAAAAUCAUGUUAGUGUUUGGGGUGUUGCAAGGAGUUUGAACAGGAAUAAGCAUGUGAUCUUGAAUGUUGUGGUGGCCAUCUUACUGGUAUGGUUUGUUAUAUGUGGGAGACACAAGAGGGCAACAUACGAAGGAUUACCGAAAACCAAGGAAUAAAAUUUGGAACUUGCAACUGUAAAUCUACAAUUAUAAGUAUGAAAUUGUGACACUA